UGAUAUUGGACUUUCUUACACGCGAACGCGUUCCUCAUAAAUCCUUUUUGCGCACACUUGCCAACUUGCUCGUCACUCUGCAAGGGCACAUGCAUGCUUCUUUACUACAUCGCCGUGCCUGCUAUUCCUCGGCCAAAUCGAUUCAGUCAGCUUGUCAUCCAUUAGGGCAAACCUCUCGGCGUGCACAGAUCUUUGCCCCAUCAUCUCGUCCUUUAUUCAGCCCAAUUUCAGCACGCUCGUACCUACCGAGACGGAUAUUCUCCACUUCCCUAUCAUCACCCUUUAGAGAACCGAGGAAGGGCUCAACUGGCUGGGCGAUCACGUUCACGGUCCUUCUCAUAUUUGGGGGAGCUUGGCUGCAGAAUAAAUAUCGUACACUUGGGGCUGAUUCCGUUCCCCAGUCGACUGCUCUCGAACCCCAAGAAAAAGAAGAUCUAUUUCUCGGCGUACUCAAUACCCUUAAGACCAUGCCUAUCGAGGCCGCUCCCGGCACUGUGGGCAACCUCACCCCGGAACAAGAGGCCAAGCUCCAGGAAUUCUGGGUCCUCUUGUUCAAGGUGUGUGGCGUCCAGAUGGAUGGUAUAGAAGAAACCGAGAACCGUCCCCCGAGUCCCGCACAAGAAAAAAAGCAGCCGCCAAAGCGGAGAUUCGGUUUCUUUGGAGGAGGUUCUCAGGAGAAAGAUGAAUCUACCGCAGCGAACGAUGCUGCCUCCGGUAUCGCGUCACUUACAAUUACCGAUGGAGACGAUAAGUUCGGCACGUCGAAGGAGUUCCAGAAGGCUCUCGCUGAAAUCAAACCAGAGGACAUGCGGACCGCGUUCUGGAGCAUGGUAAAACAGGACAACCCGGAUAGCCUGCUGCUGCGUUUCCUGCGGGCGCGGAAGUGGGAUGUUAAGAAAGCGCUCAUGAUGCUUAUUUCGACCAUUCGCUGGAGACUGCUUGACGCGAAGGUGGAUGAAGAUAUCAUGGUCAAUGGGGAACAUCUUGCUUUGGAGCAACUAAAGAGCAGCGACAGUGCCGAAAGAAAGAAGGGAGAAGACUUUAUCAAACAAUUCCGCCUGGGCAAGAGUUUCCUUCACGGUGUCGACAAGCUGGGCCGUCCAAUCUGUUAUGUUCGGGUCCGUUUGCACCGUGCCGGUGAUCAAGACAUUGAGGCGCUGGACCGAUUUACAGUGUUUACGAUAGAAUCUGCUCGGAUGAUGUUGGUGCCUCCAGUGGAAACAGCUUGCGUCAUCUUCGAUAUGACUGAUUUCUCACUUGCGAAUAUGGACUAUCACCCGGUAAAAUUUAUGAUCAAGUGUUUCGAGGCGAAUUAUCCCGAGUCUCUUGGCGUAGUACUUAUCCACAAGGCGCCUUGGAUCUUUUCUAGCAUCUGGAACGUUAUCAAGGGCUGGCUAGACCCUGUCGUCGCUGCGAAGAUCCAGUUCACAAAGACACAACAAGACUUGGAGGAAUUCAUCCCAAAGUCACGUAUCAUUACAGAGCUCGAGGGCGACGAGAAAUGGGAGUACAAGUACAUUGAACCUAAGGAGGGCGAGAAUGAUAAACUGAAGGAAACUGCCAAGCGCGAUGAAUUAAUAACUCAACGCCAAAAGCUGGCCAAGGAGGUCCAAGAUGCAACCGUUGCUUGGAUCCUUGCUAGCAGGAAAAAGGAAGAAGAUAAGGCUAAGGAGGUUACGGAAAAGAGAAAGGAUCUCAUCGGACGUCUGCGGACUCAGUACUGGCAGCUCGAUCCUUACGUCCGUGCACCGAGUCUCUACGACCGGUUAAAUAUCAUCCAGGGUGACGGCAAGAUUGAGUUCUAUCCCGAGGCCGCUACCAACGGAGAGGCCGCGAAGAGCAACUAA